AUGGCCGUCGCCGACAAAGCCCCCACUUGGCGUCUUCUCUACGGCGAAGAGCCGCAGUUUGUUCGCCCGGAGACUCGCGUGUACUUGGCGGGCAUUCCGACCUGCUUGACAGAAGCGGACCUGGAGCACCGGCUGCGGGCAAUUUACGGGCCCGUGCAGAUUUAUGUUUAUAUGAGAGCUGAAAACAACAGUGGUUAUGCUUGGGUAGGGUUUAGAGGCGAAGAGAGUGUGAGGAGGGCCAUCAGUCUUGCUGCAGAGCAGCAGCAGCAGCAGCAGCAGCAGCAGCAGCAGGAGCAGCAGCAGCUCAAGGCCGGCAUCCAGGGGCCCCGCAAGGGCGUCCAGGAGGGUACCCAGGGGCCCCAGAAGGGCCCCCGGGGGGGCCCCCAAGAGGGGCCCCUCAAGGGCGGCCUGGGGGGCCCCCAGGAGGGGCCCCUAAAGGGUCUUGAGAAGCCCCAGGGGCCCCCCGGGGGCCCCCGCGAGGCAGGGGGAGAGGCCCCUGCGGCGAAGGGGGCGGGAGACGGUGACGCAGCAGCAGCAGCAGCAGCUGCUGCUGCUGCUGCUGCUGCUUCCUCCGAAGAACUGGCGGAGAAGCUGCAGCAGAAGAUUGCGAAGCAGGGGCAGGGGGAGCAGCAGAAGCAGCAAAAAGAAAAAAUAAAAGAUUUAAAAAGUGAAGUUGAAAAAGCCAAAGUUCCCCUCGCAAAGGAAAGCCCCAGAACUGCACAAGCAGGGGGCAAGGCUUGA